CAGAGACCCUGUUCUUCAUUCUUCUUAUUAAUUAAGAACCAUACUCAUUCAGUUCAUAAACCCAUUUCUUCCAGAGUUGAUCUGUUUCCUACCUCCAAAUUCUCAGUCAAUUCAUUUGGUUGCAACUGAUUGAUGAUGGCUUUUAACUCAGUCCUUUUACUUCUUUUUCUCCGUUGCAGCAGCUGCAUGAGCUUGGCACAUUCACAAUCAAGAGGAGGAUCAAAUGGAACAGAUCGGCUAGCCUUAUUGGCAAUCAAGGCUUACAUAACCAAUGAUCCCUUUCAUGUUGUGAGCUCCUGGAAUGACUCUGUCCCCUAUUGCGAGUGGCCAGGCGUUAUAUGUGGUGGUCGCCGACAUCCAAACAGGGUGAGAACCUUGGAUUUACAUUCCAGUGGAUUGGAGGGGUCUGUGGCUCCAGAAAUUGGAAACCUCAGUUUUCUUCGAAAGAUUUCCCUCCAAAACAACAGCUUUCAUGGUGAAAUCCCUCAUGAAGUAAGCUUUCUAUCCAAGCUUCGUUUUUUAUUACUGGGCAACAAUUCCUUUGAAGGGAAAAUCCCACCUAACAUAUCACGUUGCUCCAACCUUAUACAACUCACUUUAGGUUCCAACAAUUUUAUGGGGAAAAUUCCUGUAGAACUUGGAACCUUGUCUAAGCUUCAAUUCUUUGCUUUUCAUAAGAACAGAUUGACAGGACAGAUCCCACCUUCCUUUGGGAAUCUUUCAUCUCUCAAAACUUUUUCUGCAGGAUACAAUGAUUUUAAUGGAAGUAUUCCAGAUUUUCUUGGCCAAAUGACAAGAUUAAUGUUUCUUGGGCUUAGUGAGAACAAGUUUUCUGGUUCUAUCCCUUCCACUAUUUAUAAUCUUUCCUCACUUGGUGCUUUUGAUGUCUCAUUCAAUCAACUUCAGGGGGGUUUAUCACCAAAAUUAGGAUUCAGUUUUCCUAAUCUAUGGCGGCUUUCGAUUUUUAAAAAUCAUUUUCAUGGACCAAUUCCAAUUUCUAUGUCCAAUUUGUCGAGACUCCAAAUAUUUCUUGCUUCAGACAAUAGUUUUACUGGGAAAGUGGAUAUUGAUUUUGGAGGGCUAUCAGAUCUCCUUCAGUUUUCAUUGGUUGGGAAUCAGUUGGGAAAUGGAGAGGUUGAUGACUUGAAUUUUAUCAACACAUUGACCAACUGUAGUAGUUUAACAAAUUUGGAGAUUGGUGAUAAUUGGUUUGGUGGAGUGCUCCCCAAUUCCAUAGCAAACUUAUCAACCCAACUCACAGAGCUCUCAUUUGAAAUGAAUCAAAUAUCUGGAGACAUCCCAGUGGGGAUAGGGAACCUUGUAAGUUUACAAUACUUGGGUCUAUUUAGUAACUUACUAAAAGGAAGUAUUCCAACUUCAAUUGGGAGACUUCAAAUGCUUCAGAUACUCUAUUUAGAUCAUAACAGAUUGACAGGGCCAAUCCCUUCUUCUCUUGGAAACUUGACACUAUUGAUUGAGCUCUAUCUAAGUUCUAAUCGCUUGGAAGGAAGAAUACCUUCAAGUCUUAAAAAAUCCAAAAAUCUGUUACGCUUGAGUCUUUCUGAUAAUAUUUUCAAUGGUAUCAUCCCCAAAGCGAUGUUUGAUAUUUCCUCAUUAGUAGAGCUAUACUUGGGUGGAAAUUCUUUCAUUGGUUCUCUACCUUUGGACGUGGGUCGACUGAUCAAUCUUGAAAUCCUAAAUAUUUCUGAAAACAUGCUCUCAGGGGAAAUCCCUGGCACCUUUGCUGCUUGUACAAACCUAGAGUACCUUUUGAUGGGGAGUAACUUAUUUCAAGGAUCUAUACCAUUGUCUCUGAGUACUCUAAGAGGUCUUCAAGAUUUAGAUCUUUCACACAAUAACCUCUCUGGUUUUAUCCCAAAAUAUUUGAGUACAUUUAAGGUCUUAAGAAAGCUAAAUUUAUCAUUUAAUCAUUUGGAAGGUGAAGUAUCAACAGAUGGAGUCUUUGGAAAUUUAAGUGCAGUUUCAAUCAUUGGAAACAACAAACUUUGUGGAGGUAUACCAAAACUUCAUUUGCCAGCAUGCCAAACUCAAAAGUCAAAAGAUGGCAGGCCUCAUGUUUUCAAGUUGAUAGUCAUUAUAUGUGGUUGUGGGGGCUCUCUAUGUUUGACUUCUAUGGCACUUUUUUUCAUUAUCUACCGGAGAAGAAAUAGACGGAAAGAACCCACUUUAUUUUUGAUUGAGGAUCCUCAUUUUAAGAUCUCUUAUGCCCAACUCCUUAAAGCUACUGAUGGAUUUUCUUCUACAAAUUUGAUUGGAGUGGGGAGUUUUGGUUCUGUCUAUAAAGGAGUUCUCAAUCAUGGGGAAACUAUUGUUGCGGUAAAGGUCCUUAACAUUAGACAAAGAGGUGCUUCCAAAAGUUUCAUGGUUGAAUGUCAAUCCCUUAGAAACAUUCGGCAUCGUAAUCUUGUAAAAAUCUUAACAUCUUGCUCAAGUAUAGAUUUUGAAGGCAAUGAUUUUAAGGCUUUAGUAUAUGAGUACAUGCCUGGUGGAAAUUUGGAGAGUUGGUUAUAUACACAUUCAAAUGGCAUACAAGAUGAACAAAGGCAUUUAAACCUUAUUCAAAGAUUGAAUAUUGCCAUUGAUAUGGCAACAGCAUUGGAUUAUCUUCACCAUCAUUGUCAUACGCAAAUUAUUCACUGUGAUCUAAAGCCAAGCAAUAUUCUUCUCGAUGGUGACUUGACUGCACAUUUGGGUGAUUUUGGGAUAUCAAAAAUUCUUUCAAAAGCCACAAGUAUAUCUCAAAAUCAUACUAGCUCAAUUGGAAUAAAGGGAUCUAUUGGAUACAUUGCACCAGAGUAUGGUGCAGGUGCUGAUGUUUCAACGCAUGGUGAUGUCUAUAGUUUUGGGAUUCUCUUAUUAGAGAUGUUUACUGGGAAGCGGCCUACUCAUGAAAUGUUCAAAGAUAGCUUUACUCUUCAUAGCUGGGCUGAUAUGGCUUUGCAUGAUGGAGUGAUGGCUAUCAUCGAUCCAUCACUUCUCCCUAUGGAAGAAGAUGAAGAAGAAGUAGCAACAACUGCAACAAACAUAAUUGGAAGUCAAAUAUGCAUGAAGGAUAUAGUGCAAGAGUGCCUUAAUUCAGUUAUUAGAAUUGGAGUUGGCUGCUCAUCUGAAUCACCGGGGGAUCGAAUGGACAUAAAUGAUGUGUUCAAAGAGCUACAUCUGAUCAGGGAUAUUUAUCUUGGAGUUGGUAUUUACCGAAGAAGAUGAAUUAUGAUAAGGGCUACGAACAGUUGUAAGUCUUCAUUUCCUUAAAAUUUUCUGUUUCGUAAUUGUUGAUGAAACUGAAACUUCUUAUUUUGUUUGAGUUAUUUAUGCUUGUAAGCUUAGGAAUUUGGAGAGCAGGAACAUGGUUUUUUUUUUUUCUCUCUCUUGGUUCAAAUGUUGGUCCUCAAAUCAUUUUAUGGUUGAUCCUUAUGUUAACCUUGGUGGGCCUAUUUUUUUAUUUUGACUGAUAGUAUUGUAAUACCCCAAAAUUUCAGAAACCCUAACAGGGGUUUUACCUAUCAAGGUACAAAUGAUCAAUUGAUAAUUUGAGGUAUAAAGAAUUUAAAUCAUAAUAUCAGGAGUAUAUGAAAUGGUGAUAUACUCGUAUUAGUUAUAAAUGUGACAUGACCCAGUAGAUUUUAUUUUAGUUUCGAUUCAAUAUGAAUGGUUCAUGAAUAAGUUUGAACCAAGUCUAGUUGAGUCAGAAAAUUUGGGUUUACUAAACAACUUUAUUGAGGUAUAGUCUCGGCAAUGGUUUCUUGCAAGAAAGAGAAGGAGAUGGAAAGCUAUUGUGCUUGUCCAAAGAAGAAAGAAAAGAAAGGAGAUGGAAAGCUAUUAUGUUAUGAGGCUUUG